UCCUGAAUAACUCCUCAAAUAUUUCCUGUCUAAAAUUGUCUUCCCUCUGACAUCCUCUUUGAAGUUCGGACGAGGAAACUUUCAAAAGAAAUCUUUCUUUUUUCCCUUUUCUUUUUAAGCACACGGUUCAAAACUGCUCCUAAACUUCCUCAGACAGCCGAGUGCAGAGAUGAGGGAACAGUCAGUAUGAAAUGAUUGAAUAGGAAUGGAGGGAUUUUAUGUUCGGAACGAAGAAUAAUUGCCAGAUGACAGAGGGUGCCGAGCUUGGGUCACUUCCUGAUGCCGAACAGGGUUCAUACUUGAGAUGGCUCAAGAUGUCUUAUGAGGCAGAGAAGACAUGCCUGCUCAUCCCUCAGGAAUCCCGAGCAUCGUGUGUGUUCCACACAGCUGAUGAGAAAGAUGAAAUUCCAGGCAUGGGAGAGGACAGUGUUUUGGAGAUGUUGAGCUACUCAAAGUUCACAGACCUGGAGACAUGGUUAUGCAUGCCCUCGACACUGCUACCCAGGAGCCUGGAGUCCACCUGCUCGGCCUCACCACUGUCCAGCAGUAGUGACUCUGGAGACACUGACACUGGGCCUCUUGAGAGGGAGUCCAUCUAUUCAAACCAUUCCCAGGAGAGGGAAAGCUGUCUUUUGCCACCUUCUCCCAUCCUACCAGUCACUGUGACCCCUUCAUCCCCUGUGGCCUUGCGGUCCACCUCCACCCCAGUUCUUAACCCCAGUAGGGACUCCUGUCAGGGGGGUGUGAGUCUGAGGAAGCGGCGACGCCUGGCUGCCAGCCCCGGAGGACUGCACUGGAAUGCUUCAGGGUCAGUGCUGCGUGACUAUGACCGAGGAGAAGCGGCUUGUGUGUCGCAUGUGAGGCGCAUCCCCAAGCCUAUACACUUGGAGAGACCCCGGGCCGAACUGUGGGGGGACAGAGUGACCCUGAGGAAGACCGUGUCAGUGGACGACACACUCCUUCAGCAGACACCCAGAGAGCACCACAGACUGCUUAGCCGGCUGGAGAGAGGAAAAAAGAAGCUCAGGAACAUCCAUAGUCUUGGAGCGACUGGAAGAUACGAAACCCAUAAAAAACCUGAGAGCAAGAUCUCCCGGCUGGCUCAGAGACUCAACCAAAGGCAGAACGAUGCAGCGCUGAUCAAGGACUUCAGACCACUUCUGUUCUUCAGUGGUUCUUCAGGGAGCUCCCUGAGCCUUGACAGGACCUUCUCCGUUAGUAUGACCCAGCAGAUGCAGAACCUCCAGCUGACCCACAGUAAGAAGGGGGCCGGUCCCGCCUCUCCAAGUGCAGCCAAACGGCUCUACCGCAACCUCUCAGAAAAAUUCAAGGGUAGCCACUCCUCUUUUGAGGAUGCCUAUUUCUUUGGCCGCUCAGAUCGCAUUCGCAAAGCCUCGAAUGUGCAAAGCAGUGAGGCUCUCUUCGAGGCGGUGGAGCAGCAGGACCUGGAUGCUGUGCAGAUCCUGCUGUUCCAGUACACAGCUGAUGAGCUGGAUCUCAACACGCCCAAUAGCGAGGGCUUGACCCCUCUCGACAUCUCCAUCAUGACCAACAAUGUACCCAUCGCCAAGCUGCUGCUCAAAGCAGGGGCCAAGGAGAGCCCGCAUUUUGUGAGCCAGGAGAGCCGAGAGGCCCAUCUCUCAGCACUGGUGCAGGAGGCUCAGAGAAGAGCCAGUGAGCUCUCCACCCAGGUGAUGAGAGAGAGCCUCAGCCUGGAGACUUCUGACAAGGAGAAGCAACUGAAGGCCUGGGAGUGGAGGUGCAAGUUAUACAAACGAAUGCGUACUGGCUUUGAGCAUGCACAGGUCCCAGAGGCUCCGACAGCUGUGCGCUUAACUGUGUCCAGCAGCACAUCUCUCACCGUCACCUUUCAGGAGCCAGCUAGCAUCAACUCAGCUGUGGUCACCAAAUAUAAAGUGGAGUGGAGCUGUUUGAAGGACUUCUCUUUAUUGGCUGGAGAACUGAUCCUUGAGAAUCUUACAUCUCUGAGGUGCACAAUAACAGGUCUUAGUACAGGAAGGCAGUAUUAUGUUCGUGUGUCCGCCUACAACAUGAAGGGCUGGGGACCAUCACAGCUCUCUCAGCCUCCCUGUGCUGUUCCCUCCAACUGGAAGGAGUGUGAUGGUAGAGAGUCACGGAAGAGAGGGCAUAUUGAGGCCAUGGAGAGACUGCUGCAGCAGGUCCGAGCCACACACCAACACUACAGCUGUGGAGACACCUCGAAGCUGCAGAACACCAGUCGCAAGCAGUCUGUCUCUAGAAGCCUAAAACAUCUCUUUCAUUCCUCCACCAAAUUUGUUAAAACCCUCAAAAGAGGGAUCUACAUAGCUGCAGUGUUUUAUCAUAAGGACAGUCUGCUGGUAACAAAUGAGGAUCAGAUUCCCAUCGUGGAGGUGGAGGACUCCUACAGCAGCUCCCUCAUGCAGGACUUUCUGUGGUUUACCAAGCUUUCGUGUAUGUGGGAGGAUGUCCGGUGGCUCAGGCAGAGUAUGGCUAUUUCCAACUCGUCCUCCUCCACACUGCAGUCCAGGCAGAAGAUGCUGGCUGCCGCUGGCCAACUGCAGAACCUUCUGGGCACCCACAACUUGGGCCGUGUCCACUACGAGCCCAUUAAGGAUCGCCAUGGUAACGUGCUGCUUGUGACAGUAAGGGAGAUGGAGAGCCUAUACUCUUUCUUUAACGGGAAGUGGAUGCAGGUGUCCAAACUGCAAAGCCAGAGGAAGUCUCUGUCUACCCCAGAGGAGCCCUAUGCCCUGGACAUUCUGCUCAUCACCAUACAGGACAUUCUAGCAUACCAGAGGCGCAGUCAGCACCGGCUGUCUCCAGGCCUGUACCUGGGCUACCUGAAGCUCAGCAGCUCUGUGGACCAGAUUAAGGUGUUGGUCCCUCAACGAACACCUAACAUGCUCUGCCAUGCCAGGAUACGGGACAACUGGAACGUUUCCAGGGAUGAGUGGGAAUGGCUUCAGACUCUGUCUGGCCCUGAGGAGGUGGAAAGAGCAGAUCAGGCGGCAGACUGCCAUGCCCCCCUGCUCUUCUCUGAGCUCCAGACAGCCAUUAAGAGCCUGCUCCGCCAGAUCAAUCUACCUCUACACCAGGCCAAGCACUUCCGUCUCUACACGCAGGAGGUGCUAGAGCUGGGUCACAAUGUGUCCUUUCUUCUGCUGCUGCCUGCCUCAGACGACGUGUGCACUGCCCCGGGCCAGGCCAAUCCCUACACACCCCACUCGGGGUUCCUCAACCUCCCUCUUCAAAUGUUUGAGCUUGUUCACUUCUGUGCAUAUAAGGAGAAGUUUAUCGGCCUGUACUGCCGCCUGUCCUCUGUGCUUGACCUGGACGCCUUGAUAACCCAGCAGGCUCUUAGAGAGGCCAUUACUGACACUGAACUGGCAACGGCUAAGCAGAGACACCAGCAUAUACUGGACUUUAUUCAGCAAAUGGACGAGAUGUGGCGAGAUAUCCGGUGGAUUACCGAUGCCCUGCAGUAUGCCCGCUAUAAGCACCCUCUGGGUGGGGUGCCCAUCACCUGGCUGGUGGAUGCGAGUGCAGAGCCUGUAACACAGAAGAAUGACUCGACCUCCUCAAACACAGACUACCUACCAACCCCCUCUCCAUCUCCUGAGAUGCGGAGAAGAAAGGCUACAAGCGAUUCCCAGCCAGGCUCGGAUGAAGAGGGCUGCUCUGAGGUCUUCCUCCCCACAGACAGCGACUAUGACUCCAGUGAUGCGCUAAGCCCUCGGGAUCUGGACCUUGUCUACUCCUCGGCCCAGGACCUGUCCCAUCAGGCCGUGCAUGCCCUGAGUGGGAGUGCUCCGGAUGUCCUGCAGAUGCAUGACCUCAAAUACACUGCCUGCUCCAUGGCCAUCCUGGAAACAGAGUCAUGCACUAAAGACCUGGAGGACCUGUCCCUGUCCACUUACUCCACCAAGUCCUCAGACAAGGCGUCCCGCUGCAAGUUUCUGGCCGACCCGCCGACCAAGAGGAAGCUACUGUCUAAGAGCCACCCCCAGAGGAGCUAUUUCGGUGGGCCGCAUCGCUGGCUGCGCGUUCAGAGUGAGAGUCAGACGCCCUCGCUUUCUGAGGGAGUUUACACCAGACAGAGUGAUUUGGACCUGCCACUCGAGCUGCCUCGCUCUUUACCGCACUCGCCCUCUGCCUCAUAUCGCCUGGAUGAGCGGAAGAACGCUCACAGAGAGAGUAAACCCAACGUGCGCAGAAUUUUUGUGGAGUCAUGCAGUGAAACUUCCCCCAGCAGAGACAGCACUCACUGGCCAGAGGAGAGCGAGGAGACAGAUAGAAAGGCCACAGCAGCUCAGGAUGUGGACUCCGAUGACCAAACGAAUGAUCAAGUUUCUGAAAUCCUCAGCAGCACACUCUAAGACAAACCUUUUCUGCAUUAUUGUAUGUCAUCUUGAUGUAAUCUGUCACAUAGCCACCAAACUGCCUCUUAAGCUCCACAAUAAGUACAUUUUCAGGCAUAAGAACAUGCAGUUCUGUGCGUAAGUCAGAGGCCACUUUAUUUGAUUUCCUGUCAAAAUGGCCAUAAAGUACAAUUUAUUUAUUUUUCUGCUUCAGGAAAAAAUAAACAGAAAACAUACAUUUAACACAAAAUUACACAAAAGCCUCAACAACUAAAUAUAAUAUCAAAUUCUUCAGUAUUUGAUGUAUGCACACUUUUUUAC